AUGGCAAAGUGCCACGGUCAUAGCAGCGAUAUCACGAUAACGGCGUAUCGGCUCAUCCUCGACAAGCAGCUGAUGAGAGGCUGUGCACUGUCCUUGCAGUCGCUGGCUGAAGCCUUCAGAGACCCGGUGACAACGAAGAACUCAAGCGCCCCGGCGGUUUUCCUGGCGCUCGCCGCGAUCCUUGUGUCGCCUGGAGCCGCGGAAAUCUUCGGUUCUUUCAACAGCUCAGGCCUCACUGGCAUCCUCGAGGCCGUCAAGCAGCAGGUCGUGUCGCUGCUUGUGGCCGUGCUCGACCCCUCCUUGAAAGCCUCACUGCCCCCAGCACUGAUCUCCACGUUCAAGGACGAGAAGAUGGCGAAGAGCAUCGUCGUCAUGAUGGACCACAUGAUGGCAGAUCCCGAGUUCGUGGAGGUCCUAAAGAACUUCAUCAACACGUCGAUGACGAAUGAGGCGCUGCUGGGCAGUUUGAAGAAGGUGAUGCAGGAGGCGCUGGCCGACAGCCAUCUCUACAAGUCGGCCAUGCACGGGGUCGCGAGCAGCUUGAAUCCACUUCACAGCGAUACUCUCACUGCUAUGAAGAACACGCUCUUGGGCCGCAGCGAAAAGGAGGUGGAAGAAGAGGAGAAGCAUGAGUCUCUGUAG